AUCUCAUUAUUAAAGUUAUUCAACAAAACAUGGGAGGAAUCAAAAUAGAAGAAUGGAGAAAGCCAGACAAUGUGGUGCUGUUACUACAGACGAUCUGCUACGAGGCGGGUUUCCUCAUAUGUGCGACUAUCGGCAUCCUGUUCGUGGUCCUGGUGCCCAUCAUCGCCAUGUGUUUCUGUGUGUGUCGCUGCUGUGACAACUGCGGAGGGGAGAUGCACCAGAGACAAAGAAAAAACAUAGACUGUCAGAGAGGUUUCUACACCGCCUUGCUCGUCGCCACCUCCAUCUUCAUGUCCCUGGGAGUGUUCAUCGCCUAUGCUGCAAACCACAAUGUCAGCGCCCAGAUUAAGAACACUCGAAGGUUAAUCAACACCAACAUGAGGGACCUUAAGACAUUUGCUAACAACACACCUACGCAAAUUGAAUACAUGACAGCCCAGUACACCACGGCAAAGAACAAAGUCCUGUCAGACCUUGACAACAUUGGACCUUUACUUGGUGGGAGGAUCCACAGUCAGCUGGAGAGAGAGGUGGUGCCCUCACUGGACAAUGCGCUGCGGAUGGCAGGAGCCAUGCGGGAGACUAAAGAGGCUCUGGAGAACGUCAGCUCCUCUCUGGAGGUUCUUCAGGAGGGGACAGCAAAGCUUCAGGCCAGUCUAUCUGGGGAGCGGGCCUCUCUUUCCAACACUUUAUCAGACCCUGCCUGCACUAAUGGAGCUGUGUCGUCCACCUGUAACACCAUCCGCUCCACGCUCGCCCAGCUGGGGAUCAACUCUGACUACUCUAAGCUGCCAGAUGUUAAUCACGCCCUGGUCAAUAUCGAUACUGUCCUGAGAACAGACCUCAGCAACAUUGUACAAAAGGGUUACUCAUCCUUUAAUGAUACACCACAACUGGUUAAAGAACAAACUAAAAACAUUGUCUCAGCUCUACCUCGAGUGAAAGGCAUGUUGGAUAAGAUUGGCACAGAGAUCAACGGCUUCACCAAGAUGUUCCCAGUGGAAGCUUCUCUCGCCAAUUUCACCAUUUUCCUCACCCAAGGACAGAAAAAUAUUGAGUCCUUUUACCCACAGAUUGACCAAAUGGACUUUUACAGGUGGGUCAGCUGUGUGGCAGUGCUCUGCAUGGUGGUCUUGGUCCUGGCCUUUAACACCCUCGGACUGCUGUGUGGCGUCUGCGGCUACGACGAGCAAGUUACACCAACAACACGAGGCUGCCUGUCAAACACCGGCGGCAACCUGCUAAUGGCUGGAGUUGGCUUCUCUUUUAUGUCCGUCUGGGUGCUGAUGGCCAUUGUUUCGACCUUGUUUGUUAUUGGAGGCAACGUGGAGAAGAUGUUGUGUGAACCCCUCGCUAACCGACAGCUAUUCAAGAUCAUAGACACUCCAUUCCUGGUUCAUCCCGCCAAGAAGAACUUCCUUCCUGGGAUGCUGUUUCAGAAUCCUAACAUUGACUUGACUUUGGGAGGCAUGUACAGGGACUGCUAUGAGAACAAAGGUCUGUACCAUUCUCUGCAGCUGGAGACGAUGUUCAACAUCAACUCCUUCCUCAACAGAACUGUGUACAACAAGGAUCUGGCCAAAGUGUUGGAGGGAGUGCAGGUGGACCUACAGGACGUCAAGCUGCUGGAGCAGGCCGGCAGAGACAACCUCAUCAACUUCGCCAACUCUGGAAUCGGACAUAUCAACUAUGAAGCCUACCUAACUGAGUUAAACAAAGGAGUAACUAUCUCGGAUCUCCUGUCCUUCUCUACUGACCUGGAGGCUCAGGCAGACCAACUG